GUAUGCAUAAGUCGGUUGUUCCUCAAAACAAUACGGUAUUUUAACAUUAGAACAAUAACCAAUGGGCGUGUUGCGACCGAACGCAUCUGAAACGUCACACGUGUAUUACACGUGUAGGGCGUGGAAUAGUUGGAAGAAGCGGAGUCGAUGCUUAUAAAGGGCAGCUACCUUGUUGUAUAUCUUCAGUCACCUGUGCGCUAUUACACCAAACUUCUCGAAAACAGAGGACACAGGAGGACGAAAGACGAAUUAUCGCUACAUCAGAAGGACUGACGCAGGAAGAGACACAUAUCUACUAUCGCCAGAGAAGCAGGCUCACAGUCAAAUCCUCAACUUGUGGAUUGAUGUAGUCAGUAGCUACAAUAUAGCGUAAUGGGAAUGGAAUGUAAAUUCUAGGCUAUACUAGACUGGAGGCCUGCAGCAUCCUCCCUUAAAACUAGAGCGUCCCCCCGAACGCACACACCCCUAGUGGAUACUACAACUUCCAUCCAGACAGCAAACCAAAGGAUAUAGUUUUUAUUGCCCUUCUGUUACUUUAAACCUUGAUUUUGACUUUUGCAGGGUUUGAGAGGAGUUUUUCAUCAGUUUUGAACCAGUAGUUCUGUUUAGCACUCGCAAUGAAGAUGGGUACGGGUGUCAUGGAGGCAGCGGACAUUGCUGUGGUGGCGCUGUACUUCAUCCUGGUGCUGGGCAUCGGGUUCUUCGCCAUGUGGAAGGCCAACCGCAGCACGGUGAGUGGAUACUUCCUGGCGGGACGCUCCAUGACAUGGGUGGUGAUCGGAGCAUCGCUGUUUGUCAGCAACAUUGGCAGUGAACACUUCAUAGGCCUGGCGGGGUCGGGAGCAGCCAGCGGCUUUGCUGUGGGAGCAUGGGAGUUUAACGCUCUUCUCCUGCUACAGCUGCUGGGCUGGGUGUUCAUACCUGUGUAUAUCCACUCUGGGGUGUACACCAUGCCGGAGUACCUGUCCAAACGCUACGGGGGCAAUAGGCUAAAGGUGUACUUUGCUGCCCUUUCUGUGUUGCUCUACAUCUUCACCAAGAUCUCCGUGGACUUGUACGCCGGGGCGCUUUUCAUCCAGGAGUCGCUGGGCUGGAACCUCUAUCUGUCCAUCAUCCUGCUCAUCAGUAUGACCGCACUGCUAACGGUCACCGGCGGCCUGGUCGCAGUCAUGUACACGGACACCCUCCAGGCCGUGCUGAUGAUCAGUGGAGCUCUCAGCCUGACCAUCAUCAGCCUGAUCAAGGUCGGCGGUAUUGAAGGGGUUCGGACCAAGUACAUGCUAGCUGUCCCAAAUGUAACAGCUAUCCUGGCCAGCGGGAACUUCACCUACUCAGCCUCCUGCCGCAUCGAGCCCAAGCCAGAUUCCUUGCGGAUCCUCCGGGGCCCGCUGGAUGAGGACAUCCCCUGGCCUGGCUUCCUCCUGGGCCAGACCCCGGCCUCCAUCUGGUACUGGUGUGCCGACCAGGUCAUUGUCCAGAGAGUGCUGGCUGCUAAAAACAUUGCCCAUGCCAAGGGCGCCACGCUGAUGGCCGGCUUCCUGAAGGUCCUGCCCAUGUUCAUUAUCGUCAUCCCUGGGAUGAUCUCCCGGAUCCUGUUUGUGGAUGAGAUUGCCUGCAUCGGGCCGGAGCACUGCCUGGCCGUUUGCGGCUCUAGGGCGGGUUGCUCCAAUAUCGCGUACCCGCGGCUGGUCAUGGCAGUGAUGCCCAUGGGACUGCGUGGGCUGAUGAUGGCUGUGAUGAUUGCAGCCCUCAUGAGUGAUCUGGACUCCAUCUUUAACAGUGCUAGCACCAUCUUCACCCUGGACAUCUACCAGAGCGCAAGGCGUGGUGCAUCCCAGAAAGAGCUGCUGUUGGUGGGCCGGCUGUUCGUGGUGUUCAUGGUGGUCAUCAGCAUCGCCUGGGUCCCUGUCAUCAUCGAGAUGCAGGGCGGCCAGAUGUAUCUCUACAUACAGGAAGUAGCCGGAUACCUGACCCCGCCCAUCGCCGCCCUCUUCCUGCUGGGCGUGUUCUGGAAGCGCUGCAACGAAACAGGUGCAUUCUGGGGCGGUAUGACUGGGUUCGUGCUGGGUACCACCCGGCUGAUCCUGGCGUUUAUUUACCGUGAGCCUCCCUGUGACCAGCCAGACGACAGGCCUUUCUUCAUCACACAUGUCCAUUACAUGUACGUGGCUGCUGGGCUGUUCUGGGUAUCUGGACUGGUGGCUGUGGUCGUCAGUCUCUGCACCCCUCCUCCGGAUAAGGAGCAGAUCCGCACCACCACAUUAUGGGGCCUGCGUACCAUUGGAAAACUUUCCCCCAAAGACCGUGAGGAGAUGUACAAGCUGACGGAUAAGAGCCCCGUGCAGUUGAAUGGAGGCCUCUAUAAGGAUCUGCCCCCAGAUGUCUGCAAAGCAAGGUGUCUAGAUGGGGAGGACGUCAAGUUGCUAACUCCGCCUUCUGACCUUGACACCGCAACCCCCAGUGCAGAGACAACCCUGGCAACGACCCCAGCAACGCCCGCCAACCAGUUUGAUAACGGUCACGCAGGGCUGGUGCAUGCAGAGGAAGGUUGUUGUGGGGAUGGGGAGGGUGGGAGGGGCAUGUGUCUGUUGGAGUGGUUCUGUGGGUUUAAAGAAGCAGCAUACAAUGCCCAUCCCAAAAGGACAGAAGAGGACGAGAGAGCCGUCAUGGAGAUGCUGUACGAGCCACCCAGAACCAAACUGCUGCUCAACUGUGGGCUGUUUCUCGUCUGCUCAUUGGGAGUAUUCCUGUUUGUCUACUUCUCUCUAUAGACUGGACCAAAUGAGGGGUUGUUGGGGAUUGUUUCAAAAGCACAGUUCAAAUGUUCUGAUAUUUGUUGUGAAUCUGAAGUCUGUAAUAUUUACAGUGCAGCUUCCUAACAAUGAUUCACUGAGCUUUUUGAAAUAAUUAUUUGAAAUGAUUGAAGCUUCUCCCCCUUGUGCAUUAACAUAAUCAAACUCCAAAGCACUUUGUGGUAUCCUAAUAGUGUUGUUCAGACUUUUCAUAUACUUAUAUACGAUUAUUAGAUGCUUAUCAGCAUAUGUGAAUAAGAUGAUGUAUGAAUUCCUUGUUUAUUAGAGAUUAUUAGUCUGCUUCUGUGUCAUUCCAAAGCCCUUUUGUGAUUCUCUAUAGAGCAGGUUUAAGAAACCAGCUCGAGGCCUUUUUGUUAUAAUAUAUUCCAUUUAGCAGACACUUUUAUCCAAAGCGACUUACAGUCAUGCAUACAUUUUACGUAUUGGUGGUCCCGGGAAUCGAACCCACUAUCUUGGUAUUGCAAGCACCAUGCUCUACCAACUGAGCUAUAGAGGACCACUUCAAAGUUAUGCAGGGACCUUGCAGGGACCACCGCAAAGUGACACUAAAGCGUCACUCUAUACCACCGUUAGAUGGAGAAUAAAACUCUCCUGUUUUUUAUUCCUAUUAGCUUUAUACAUUGUUUGCAUAAUGUUGUAUGGAUAUGGUGGUUGCAAAUGCUUUGAGUCUUUUACUAAAUUAUUUUUGUUUUAAUGUUUGAACAGUUACUUUUUAUUUCCAAUUCUUAAGAAUCCAUAGGUGAGUUGCUGUAGUGUAGGAAAUGUCAAAAUAAUUGUAUUGUUAAAUAUAAAGAUUAAAGUAUGUAUGAUAGUUUUACAUUUUGUCGACAUAAAAAAACAACAAUAUUUUUAUUUUGCACUGUUAUUGUAGCAUUGUAAAGAAUUGAACGUAUCAGUCAAUGCUCAUGGUUCCACUUUCAUUAUGUAUUUUGUAUGAUUAGGCUAGCCACUGUUUGGAAUUUCUUAGUGUUUCUCUGAAUAAUGUAUUUUUUCUUCCAAGGUUAAUGUCGUGACAUUGUUCAGUAAGCUAUUUUGGUAACUUGGUGAUAAACCACAAAAAAACAACAGGGCUCGAUUUUAGUGUGUCUUCCAUUUGUAUCUUUUGUUUACACUUUUUAUUUAUAUAUUCAUGAAUUUGUUGCUGUAUUUUAAAUGGUUUGUAAUUUAUCUGAUUUGAGCGCAUACUGUAUUUCCAAGAAACCUAUUCUUACCAAAUGUGUCUUAGUGUGCAAUGCUAAAGCAAAUCAAUAGCGUAUCUAUGGAGAUUUAUUUGCAAAGUAGACAUACGAUUUUCAGACGUGUUUUUUUUUUUUUUUGCAAAUGUAGGCUUAGCUAACCAUCCCUGUUCCGAGUCUGAUAAAUGGAGGAUUAUUGUAUAUAUCUCUGAGAAUCAGCUAAAGACUGUAUUGAGAAGAAAAAGAAGAGCUUUGUUUCUUUUUCUUAGAGAAAUAUAUAAUGUUAUUUUUAUGGAUUUUAUUUUUAGAAAGAAAUCAACAAAUACAUUUCCUGUGGAAAAUACUAAAUGUGUUGAAUGUCUUUUUUGUAUUGUCCUCACACAUUAAUUAAAAGGGUAUAAAAAUAACAUGGUUGUCUUCUGGAAAGUUCAUAACAUACUGUUUAACAUGAAUCCCUGGGGCUUAGUGCCUCUGUUAUGUAACCCUGCGGCCUAUUAAUAAUAUGUUCAGAGGCUGGAGGGGCUUGCAUGAUUCAAGGCUUCUUUACAGAAGGAUGCAGCCAAGGAGAAGGCCGGAUCAGUUUCUCAUAAAUAUCUCUAUCACAUCAGCUCUUGCUUUCUCCCCACCUCCUCCAUAUCUUUCUCUAUCAUCCUCCACUGUCUUUUGUUCCCCCUCUCCCACUGUAAUUUUCCACAGUAGUGUGACUUGCCUGACAUAUCCAGUAAAACAGC